AAAUCGAGAAAAUCAAACCCCAAUAUUUGUUAUACUUGCAGAAAGGCAAACCCUAGCCUCAAAAGCUAGUCCCGGCCGCUCGCAUCGCGGCCGUCGAAGUCGAUGUAUGGUAGUUGCGCCGUCGCCUCGAGCCUUCUUCCCUUCUGCACCGCUCUUUGAGGAAUCGUGUCAAUCAGACUCUCUUCCUCUUCCGAGAUCUCUGCCUCGAUGAUGGAGACGGCUGAAGAGGCGGAGGGAAGCGCUUCCAAGGAAGAACCACAGGAGACCCGCGAAGAGAUGCUCUCGAGGCAUCGGCAAGAGAUUGCCAAGCUCCAUAACAAGGAAAUGAAUCUUAAAAAAGCUGCUGCUAAAGGAAGCAAAGCUGAGCAGAAAGCAAAAAAGAAGCAAGUGGAAGAAGAGAUAUCUCGACUUCAAACUCAAUUAAAAGCUAAACAUGAUGGAGAACUUGCAGCGAUGGGCCACGAGACAAGUGACAGUGCUGACAAAGACAAUCUAGAUAUUUUAGUCAAGGCUAUUGCUGGUGUUAAUGUCGCUGCCCAUGGUGACUUGGCAAAACCCAGCAAAGGAACAAGGAGAAGAGAGAGAAGAGCACAAGAAGAAGCCGCAAGAGAGCAGAGGAUACAAGAAGAGCAGAGCAACAUGAUUAGCGAUCGCAUGAUUGAAAAUGAGAAACUAGAGAAGAAGUUGGAGCCACUGGGUCUGACAAUCAACGAGAUAAAGCCAGAUGGCCAUUGUCUCUAUCGAGCAGUUGAAAACCAGCUCUCACUCAACUUAGGCAGUACAUCACCUUACAGUUUCCAGGAGCUUCGCAAAAUGGCUGCCAAUUACAUGAGAAACCAUGCUUCUGAUUUUCUACCCUUUUUCCUAUCAGAGAGUAAAAUUGAGGUAGAUUCAGAUAGCUCACUCUUGGAAAGAUUCGAGAAAUACUGUGAAGAAGUCGAGUCAACAGCAGCUUGGGGAGGACAACUCGAGCUUGGUGCCCUUACUCAUUGUCUCAAGAAACAUAUCGUCAUAUAUUCCGGUUCUUUCCCAGAUGUGGAGAUGGGGAAAGAAUUCAAGUCUGAGAAGGGAAGUGGAGUCAGUAACACGAGCAUAAUGUUAUCGUAUCAUCGACAUGCUUAUGGCCUCGGCGAGCACUACAAUUCAGUGGUUCCGAUUACAAUGUGUUAAUGCUAAGUACGUAAUUAUGAUUUGUCCUCGAUGUACAACGACCCAUCAAAACAGGCAAUCACUUGUCCCUUAAUUUUCCAAUUGUUGAACUUCGAGAGGUGAUGUGAUCUUGUGUGUGUUAGUAGUUUCCUCCAAAAAUAACAUUGGUGAUUUUGAAGAAACAGGGUUAUGUUAUAUGAGCUGGGAAUUGUGGUUUUCUCUUGCCAAUGUAUUUACAAUGUCAGUGAUGUGCAUUGGGUUUUUCCUC